CGCCGUCGUUAGAGUCAAAUACAUAUCACGUGAUUGUCACGUGACCUUCUAAGCGAACCCACUUUUUUCUCUUUCCACACAAGGCCGAGUCUUGGCGCACACCAAAGCGAAAAGCGACUUUGGAAAUUUCACGACAUCGAAAUCUGAAGAUAUUGAAGAACCGCCCCGUGUGUGCGCGACGACGACAACGACAACCUCACGCCCUCGCCCCUAAAGACACCGAGUCCUUCUCCCUUCGUCAACGAGAUAGUUUGUCCCGCCGGUUCCAUAGUCGCAAUCAUGGGUGGCAUUACCGUUCGCGAUGUCGAUGCUCAAAAGUUCGUCGAGGCAUACUCUGCUUUCUUGAAGAGACAGGGAAAGCUCCCAAUCCCAGGUUGGGUUGAUACGGUCAAGACCUCGAACUCCAAGGAACUCCCUCCCCAAUCCAUUGACUGGUACUACGUUCGUGCUGCCGCUGUUGCCCGACAUAUCUACAUGCGCAAGACCGUCGGUGUCGGCAGUCUACGCAAGGUCCAUGGUGGCCGCAAAAACCGCGGCUCUGCUCCAUCCCACCACGUCGAUGCCUCUGGAUCCGUUGAUCGAAAAAUCAUGCAGUCUCUUGAGAAGAUUGGUGUCCUCGAGCAAGAUGAGGAGAAGGGCGGCCGCAGAAUCACCCAGAGCGGCCAGAGAGAUUUGGACCGCAUUGCCAGGACGACCAUAGAAGAAGACGAGGAUGACGAGUAAAUUAUUCUCAUGUGGGGAUAGUUUGUGUGCUGUGAGAUGAUUGAAGUAGAGGGAGAAGAUGGCCGGAAGACAGAAUAGGAAAAUGACAGAAGGCCAUAAUUCUUAAUGUUUCCCUCAAACAAAAGACGAUAUCACGGGUUGGUAAAUUAAAUUUUCUACUUUUCUCUUCUUUUCUUCAUGUCAUGCAGCUAGCGAGUUCUUGGAUGGAAGGGAGAGGAUAUGCCAUGGAUAGAAGGACCGUGGAAUCUUUUUUUCACCAUUGAUUCGAAACCCAAACUCAACAUUGCAGCAGCCUCAUCGAUGGCAUGUUGAUACGAUGGCCAAAACGUCAACUACUUCCGAACCUUCUAUAUCCACCUUCAAAUCGAUUCUCUGGCCUUAUUAUUCAUUUGUGCUCUCCAUCUAUCAUCAUCCAUCACGGCCUUGGACAUGUCUAUCUUGAAUUUAAUAAAGAAUAAAAACAUCUUCUAAAAACAUAUGAAUUGCCUCUGGUAUUAAUCUCACAGUUUCUUUUACCCUUGGUCUCGUUUUCAGAAAUUAACCCCCUUAACUGCAGGACAAUAGUAACCGACUAAACAUGACAUAACUAAGGACAAAAGACACAAGACUCAAAGUACAACUAACAGGGACCUCCUAAUCCUUUAGCACAAGACCACCAGCUUCCCCUUGCCCUAAGGCAACCCAACCACCAAAUAUCCUUACAUGUAUGGCUUGUUAGGCCAAAAUCAUAGAAA